AUUAAAUCGUUUCCGCCGGCCGAUUGUUCCAUUUCCUUCCUGUUGUUGCUGUUGUUGGUCCUGUUGUUCGUCGGCGACUUUCCUUCCUUCUUGCACCACCACUGCCGUCAUCACUCUCGCUCGCAGUGUGAGAGAGACAGACCACCCUCCACCGCCGCCGCCAUGGUCCGUCUACGAGAAAUCCCCCGGACCGCCACUUUUGCAUGGUCGCCGGGCCCAACCCAGCCAUUGAUUGCUACAGGCACCAAGGCCGGUGCUGUCGAUGCCGACUUUUCCAAUGAUACCGCCUUGGAGCUGUGGGAGCUCAACUUGGACAGCACCGACCAGGGCGUCGAGUUGCAGCCCGUUGCUACCCUCAAUGUGGAGUCGAGGUUCAACGACAUCGCCUGGAGCGUGCCCUCGGAGCAGUACCCCCGCGGCAUAAUAGCAGGCGCAUUGGACAGCGGCGCAUUGGUCCUGUGGGAUGCUGAAAAGCUGCGAUCCGGCGCAGACGACGCCCAAAUCGAGCAAAUCGACAAGCACACCGGUCCCAUCCAGGCCAUCCAAUUCAAUCCCUUCCGGCCCAACAUCCUCGCCUCCGCCGGCGCAAAGGGUGAGCUCUACAUUCACGACCUCGACGACGAAUCCAAAUCCUUCCGCCUGGGCAAGGCUGGUGCCAACCCCGACGAAUACACUUCCUUGGAUUGGAACAAAAAGGUCUCGCACAUCCUCGCGACCGGAAGCAGUGGUGGAUUCGCUACCGUGUGGGACGUCAAGGGAAAGAAGGAGAACCUCACAUUGAACAACUUUGGAAGGAAAUCCAUAAGCGCCGUCUCCUGGGACCCCGAUGUCCCCACCAGACUUGUCACCGCUAUCCCCACCGACCAGAACCCCCUCGUGUUGGUCUGGGAUCUCCGAAACUCAAAUGCCCCCGAGAAGACAUUGCAAGCACACGACCAGGGCGUGCUUUCUAUAUCGUGGUGUGCUCAGGAUAGCGAUAUCCUCCUUUCCUGCGGCAAAGAUAACCGCACGAUUGCCUGGAACCCGCACACCGGCGAAGUAUUGGGCGAGUUUCCCGUCGUCACCAACUGGACUUUCCGCACCGCUUUCAACCCUUCAAACCCAAAUAUCCUCGCCACAGCCUCUUUCGACGGAAAGAUCGCCGUGCAGACAUUGCAAAACACCGGAAAUACGACAGACCAGACCAAGUCGUCUUCGCAGGCCCUCGACGGCGAAGAUUUCUUCUCCAAGACCCACGUGGAGCCCCAGGGCGCAUCCUUCACUCUUAAGACCCCACCAAAAUGGCUGCGACGACGUGCUGGUGUUUCUUUUGGAUUCGGAGGCAAGUUGGUCAGAUUCGGGAUGGCGGAGAACAAGUCCAAGAUCAGCAUAUCGACUUUUGUGGUCGACUCGGACAUCGGCGCUGCUAGCGAAGAAUUUGACAAGGCUUUGGAGAAAGGCGACCUCGCUGCGAUCUGCGAGUCGAAGAUCUCAAAGGCUUCCACCGAUGAAGAAAAGGCGGAUUGGACCGUCAUCGAGACGCUCAUCUCGGAAAGCCCUCGCAGCAAGCUGGUCGAAUAUCUUGGCUUGGCGGACAGCAAGGAGGAGGUGCCCGAGGAAAAGAAAGAGGCCGAGCCCACAACGGAAGACGGCGAUGAAGGCGCCUCUUUCUUCGAUCAAUCUGGCGAGGGUGGAAGCUUCCUUUCCGAUCUGGCCGCAUCAAAGGGCGCGAAGACGAACAACCCGUUCCAGGUGUACACUGGCUCCGAGUCGGAGGCCGACAAGAAGAUCACCCGCGCGCUUACCCAAGGCUCCUUCGAAAAGGCCGUCGAUAUCUGUCUUAAGGAGAACAGACUGUCUGACGCAUUCAUGAUUGCCAUCUGCGGCGGCGAGAAGUGUAUCGCGAAGGCCCGGGCCGCGUAUUUCAAGAACCAGACCGACGGUCCAAAUUACACGCGGCUGCUGGCCUCCAUUGUCGGAAACAACCUGUGGGAUGUCGUCUACAAUGCCGAUCUUAAGGACUGGAAAGAAGUCAUGGUCACACUGUGCACCUUUGCUGACGAAAACGAUUUCCCUGAUCUCUGCGAAGCGCUCGGCGAUCGUCUCGAGGAAGCCAUAUCCGAAGACGAUUCUUACCGUAAAGAUGCAUCUUUCUGCUACCUGGCAGGUUCCAAGCUGGAAAAGGUUGUGGUCAACUGGGCGCAAGAAUUGCAGGAAAGCGAGGCCGAGGGCGUGGAAAACUCAAAGGACGACAACAGCUUCUCCAUCCACGCGCGGUCACUCCAGGACUUGAUCGAGAAGGUCACUGUUUUCCGACAGGUCACCAAGUUCAAAGACGCGGAGCAGACCAAAGAGUCGGACUGGAAGCUCGGCCCUCUUUACGCCAAAUAUGUCGAAUACGCUGACAUCGCCUCUUCUCAUGGACAACUGUCCAUUGCGGAGAAAUAUCUCGACCUUCUCCCUGAAAAGUAUCCCGCCGCAGAUGUGGCCAGGGACAGGAUCAAGAAGGCCGUCAGGAAGACUGCUCCCCAAGCGUCCACGCAACGACAGGCACAGGCUCCCGCUGCUCAGCGAGCGUCUCGUGUCGUGCCGACCUACCAAGCUCAACAACCAGCUGCCAUUCCGCCGCAGCAGACGAGCUCGCCGUACGCACCCAUCAACCCGCUUUCUGCCCAAGCACAAUCGCAGCCCGCUGCUCCCAGCGCAAGAGCCGCUUACACUCCUGCCGGCUACCAACCUCCUCAGAACUCCAUGCCUCAACCGGGAUAUGGAGGCUACCAGCCGCCUCAGCAGCAUCCUAUUGCGCCUCCUCCGCGCAACAACUUCAGCGGCUCGCCAGCACCACCGCCAGCAGCAACUCGACGGGACAUUCCCGCUUGGAACGAUACUCCCGAUUUUGGACCCCCGAAGCCUGCUUCUCGACGCAGCACGCCUCUCAACGCGGUAAACUCGCCCUACGGUGCACCACAGGGACAGUCACCGACGUUCCCUCCCAAGCCAUCACUUCCGCCUCCACCAAAAGGACCUUUGGGCCCGCCGCGUGUCGCAUCGCCCGCUACAUCUUCGACUCCUCCCGCCAAUCCUUAUGCUCCUCCGCCACAGGCAUCGAAUGCGUACACUCCUCCUCAGCCGACCGGUUUCGCGCCACCACCGCAACCGCCUGUGCCUCGUGGUAACUCGCCCUAUAUGCCUCCACCGUCAGCCGCUCCCCCAUCCAACCGGUAUGCGCCCGCACCAGGGUCGACCCCAUCAGCUCCACCGCAGGGAGGCAUGCCGCCACCCCGACAAGUUGCUCCCCCGCCCACCCAAUUCGGCGGUCCAUCACCCUAUGCUCCCGCCGCUGCGUCGUCACCGUAUGCUCAAGCUCCUCCUCAAGUGCAAGCGCCACCGCAAGCAGCUCCCCCUCCGCCACGAGGCCCACCGCAGGGUCCCCCGCGAGCUGGCCCUCCUCCAGGCGGGCCUCCCAGGUCAGACUCACGCCCAGGAACGGCCAACUCGCAAAGGGCAGCUGCAGCUCCAUCAGCUCCCAAGCACCCUGCUGGCGAUCGCUCGCACAUCCCCGAUGCAUCGCGCCCUAUCUACGAGAUCCUCGAUGCGGACCUUCAGCGCGUUAAGGGUAAAGCGCCUGCGCAGUACAAGCAGCACAUCUUGGACACGGAAAAGCGACUCAACAUUCUUUUCGACCACCUCAACAACGAGGACCUGCUCAAGCCUGGCACCAUCCAGGAGAUGAACGAGCUCGCGGGCUUCUUGCAGAACCGCCAGUACGACCAGGCGAUUGCGGUGUUCUCGGAUAUUAUGACGAACAAGACGGAUGAGGGGAGCAACUGGAUGGUUGGUGUCAAGAGGUUGAUUCAGUUCAGCAAGAGCACGCCUCACUAG